AAUAUGUUACUGGGCUCACAUUAUUUUAGACUUGGAGAUCUCAAUAAUGGGCCUUCUCAUGAUCCAAUUGAUUAAAAUAACUUCUCUGGAUGGACGGACUUCGCCGGAGCUGAAAGGGGAAGAAUGGAGUGCGCUGCGAAGGGACGAGGACGCCGGUGCAUCGGCCCGCCUACAAGACGUUGUGCUCGUUGCAGUGCUGUCGCUUAUUGUUCCGUCUCUCAUCAGAUAUUGCAUUGGAGUGAGCAUAAAGAAGAGUGUGAAAGGUUAGAGCAACAAAUGAAGCGUGCUGAUGACCUGAAUGAUUUCCCUUUUACUUUUACUCCACAACUCAUAUUUCAGGAGGAGAAUAGGUGCUCGUUCUUGAGCAAAAGAGAGAUUCACGGGUUAGGGAUGUGGAUUUGUGAAUGCAGCUGCGGUGCAUCACUUGCUUACUCUGACUGUUUAAGGUUCAUUAAUUCUCAUCUCGUUUUAACUGCGUUCUUGCAUAAUCAACACGGGUCAAAGGAUGAAGGUUGGAAUCUCUCUGGUGAUGUAUGCCCAUGCCGUGGGCCUGUGUCACCAAUUUCAAAGCAUUUAAGUAGCUGGAUGGAUUACUACGAGUGGAGGUGCAUCCCUCUACAUUCACCUGUUGCUUUGCUGCUUCACUGGCCACUUACAAUUUACUAUGCCACUCAAGUUGCCCGUACGAUAAGCUCGACUUUUCAAAGCUGCAAAAAAUUGUGCAUACACUAUCUUGGGCCUGAAAAAGAGCUUCUACAACUGGCUGUGUUUGGAGAAUUGCAUGCCCUUUUUCCAGGCAUGAAGGUGCAUGUAGAUCUCAUUGGACCUGCAAUUCCAGAACAUAGGGAUGGUCAGAAGAUUGAUCUUUGCAGCUAUGCUCAUUGCUCAGAUAGAGAUUGCAUCUGCAGGCCCUCAAGCAAAACGAGUGCAGACGCUGGUAAAUAUUCACAAGUGACAUUACAGCUUCACAGAGGAUUUUACCAUGACUGUUACAGAGAUUUAGCAGAGGGUUCAUCUCCAAAUCUAGUCAUUGCUCCAAAUGCUGGCAUUGCUGCUUAUUCGAGUUGGUUACCUACUAUUGAGUUGAUAAACGAGAUAGGUGUCCCGGCAGUAUUUUCAGAUUAUUGUGAAGAAGCUUGUCAUCUAGGAGUGAGCUGCAUAACCAGUGUAACUGGCUGUUCUCUUGCCCUUCCGAUUCAAAUAAAUCCUUUCAGGCAGCCAAUGGUGGUAGAAGACAGUGCCUUGCUUCUUCCCUGCUAUUCAAAUUGCUUUAUAUUUGGGAUGUAAAGCGGCCAGCUUAGAUGGGUUAAGAAUGGUGCGAAUUUAAGGCCACGGUUGCAUAGUUGCAUCUAACAUGGUAGUCUAGUUCUUCAAGCAUUUUUCAGUGGCUUCUUCAAGGAAUAUGCUGGAGUAAGAGAGCCAGAAACCAAGCUUACGUAUUGGCAUGGGGACGAGACAAGUUUAUGGAUGGAGCAAGCUUGCAGACGGCUUGACAAAGUUCACAUUGUGCUUGGAUGCCGUGGUUACGGAGAUCUAGAGGUGAACGCGUAAUUUGAGCAAAAAUUAGCUUUCUAUAAUGGUAAUUGGCGUUUACCACUUGGUCGUUUUGGUCUGUUCAAGCUAACUUAUAACAGUGGGGAAUUCAGAUUCUCCCACUGAACUUAAAAGAUGGUUUGUGAAGCAGUUGCUAGCUAAGGAUAACGCUUUUCAUGUAUUUUAUAGCUUUUAGUAACAUUAUUUAUUAAGGUAUCAUUUGGGCCGAGAAA